AUCUUUCUGCCAAUUUACGUCUGUUCCAGGAAGCUCUAGUAGCCUUGCUGAACAUUUUCUCUGAUCGGAGUUUUCACUCGCGAAGGAUUCGCAUACGAGAUAUUCUGCAAACCCUUCAAUACUCUGUUUCCGCCUACGCCCGAGCAGAAUACGGAGCAGAAAGCUGAUAACUUCAAAUACCAAAAAGACACUUACUUUUUGUCUAAGACUAAACCAAACCGUCAAGAAUGCCCAUGUACUCGAGCUACGGUUCAUCUUUUGGUGGGAGUUCGAUGUACGGUUACCCAUCGGGAGGAGGUUACGAUCUUGGUGGUACUUGGCGCCCGCACACGGGGCGUAGUGAAUGGGUAGCAAGUGAUUAUGGUCGAGGCUAUCCAGGAGCUUACGGAGGGUACUCUUAUCCUUAUGAUAGCAUGUAUGAAGCCCCAUACAACUAUGCCUUACACAGCAAUCAUUAUCCCUCUCCUGUUGAUUACUAUGGAUCCUACAACUCACUGGCAAUGUAUGAGGAGCAAUUGCGAUUGAUGCAAGGUAUUACCGAAGCGGAGCGAUUGGCUAGGUGGCAGGCUCGAAUUCAAUUUGAAGAGCUUUGUGAAGAGGAACGAGCUUUACGAUACUCCCUCAUGGCUGAGGAGGAGCGAAUGAGACUCGGACUUUGGGGUGAUUCUCAUUGGGCUUCCCGCUACGAGGUGGGGGCUAUAACAUGCCGGUGGCCAGUAGCUACCCAACUCGCCUAUCACCUUGCAUUCCUCUCGUUUACCAUUAAGCUCGUCUUUGAGUUCUCGCUAUAGCCCUAUGUAUGGAAGUACCAUGGGAGGCUAUGGGCUAGGAUACCCAAGCAGCGCAUAUGGAGGUAGUCUAACUUGCGGUCCGAUAAGUCGAAGUCACACAAGGCAACUUCUGAAGGCGGAAGUGGAUGAGGCUCGAAGAUUACGACGCCAUGAAAUACAGCAUGCCCGUCAGGCGCGCCGGCUGAUGCUUUCUCAUUGACCCAAUGGGGAAAAUCUUGUCUACUGCCUAGCCUGUUUGAGGUGUGAUCUGAUGACCUGGGGUGUUUUGAGAUUUUCAUGUGUCUUUCUAAGUAUACUUCCAAAAAAGCAUGUUUCCUUGAACCUUCAGUCAAAGGAUAAUUCUGGCAUACCUUGUUUUUUCUUUUCUUUAAAAACUUGCUUGAGAUGCUUUCUACUCUGUUUCUGCUUUUUCUGGGUUAUCUUCUUGCAAAACAAAACUAUUUAGCUUGGAGAAAAAA